CAGCCAUAAAAUAAUCACGUAAACUUUCCGCGCGGGAAGAUGAUGACGCAACCUCAUUAGCUAUUUUUUCCCCAAUGGCUAGCUAUUUCAACCGCAGCUAAUUUCACUUUAACAUCUCAAUAGUGUUUAGAAUCCGAAAAUAUCUAUACUUAUCAGGUUUAGCUAACUAGCUGUUAGCAAGAAAAAAUGACGUCUGGGAAGGUCUGCGUGAGAAACAAGGAGAAAACGUCAGAGUGGCCAGGGUUGUUCCUGAACGAGCUGAAAACCAAGAAAGAAUCUCUGAUAUUUGUCAAGAGGAUGAUUGCUGUGGCUGUGUCCUCCAUCACCUAUCUUAGAGGGAUUUUCCCUGAAUAUGCCUACAGAUCUAGAUAUCUGGCAGACAUGUGCAUCAAAGUCUUGCAUGAAAACGGAAACACCCCAGGCGCUAGUAAAGUUGUGAAGUGGUUGAUGGGAUCCUUUGAUGCACUGGAGAAACAGUAUCUGCAGGUUAUAUCCAUUGGGGUGUACACCGAUCCUGAAAAUCCUAACUGCAUCAUCGAGGCCUAUCAGUUCAACUUCAGAUACACUGAAAAAGGACCAGAAAUGGACAUUCUCAGGAACAAAAAUGUGGAAAUGCAGGUGACGCUUGAAAACACCAAGCAAGCCUCGGUGCUGCUCAUCAGGAAGCUCUUCCUGCUCAUGCAGAACUUGGAUGCCCUUCCUAACAAAGUCUACCUCACCAUGAAGCUCUACUACUACGACGACAUCACUCCUGCAGACUAUCAACCUCCAGGCUUCAAGGAGGGGGUGUACGAUCACCUGUGGUUUGAAGGAAUGCCUGUGCACUUCAAGGUGGGCGAGGUGCACACAUCUUAUCACGCUUUGAGAGUCCAAGUGUCUGUGGAGCAAAGCCAGGUGGAGAAGCUUCAAAGAAGAGAUUACCUGAAGGAGAGUAAGCCAGUUUCUGUGGAUGAGGAAAAGAAGGCUUCUUCCAAGAAAAUCGACACCGAGGGGGAUUUUCCUUCUGAGGACGAGUCAGCACAGUUCAAGAAACCUGCGAGACCUCUUCAAAAGAGAAGAGCAGCAACCAAAACUCUGGCGACGAAGAAACGACGAGUUUAGACCACCAGACAAGUGCCGGAGUUUCAUUAGCAUUUUAUUGUGAUGCUUACAAACACAGUUCAUGUCAGGUUUGUAGUGUUUUGGCACUGUUUGGUAAAAAAAAAAAAAACAUGAGUUUAAGUUCAUUUGUUUGCUUUAUGUUUAAACUAGUUCAGGUGACGAGUUUCAGAAAUAAAGAUUAUUGCAAAGAUCAA